AUGUCGUGGCGUGAUAAAAUCCCCGACCUCCGUGUGCCGUAUAUUCAGAGUUAUCUUGGACUCACUGCUAUGAGUGAUGAGCCCGGCGUCCUAUUUAUGGGCGCCAGGUCCAAGCGAACGUCUCGCCAGAUGUCACAAGAAUCUAGUGAUAGAAGCCACGAAUCCUGGCACCGUCACUUUCAUCCUCCGCCCCCCGACGCUGCCGGUUCACGUCCAGCGCGGUUGCCACCCAUGAGAACACCCCGUGAUGGCUUCGACUUUCGACGACCCGCCCCUCUAUCCUCCCAGGAAGAAGAUGUGAUUGACUUAACAAAUGAACCCGAGACGCCACCGCAACGCACACACGUUCGCCCUUCAGAGAGCCGGACUUUAAGUACCUCAAGACCACCGCGAUUCGGUAGGAACAUUCUGGCAGAUGUCGUGGAUCUUGAAGAAGAACCGGAUGAUGACCCUGGUGAAGGGCCUUCUAGCAGCCCAGAGGUUCAGUUUGUUCGGGCCACAACAAGACCGCGAGCGCAGCAACCGCCUCGAGGACAAUGGGAUCCCGUCGCGAUGAUCUCAAGCACCCUCGCACGCGGAUUUCGUACUAGACAAGAUGCCGAAGACAGGCGAAUGCUCUCGUCUGUAUCUCUACUGCAUUCAAGAAGAGGGCCACCUCUCCACCGACUUCCAACGGACCAUAUGAUUCUCUCUGGGGAUGGAUCUGCGCUUAACGGCUUUGGCCCCGGGUUCUUAGACUAUGGCCAUUCUUCGUUUGAAAUGCGCCCUCCUACUCCGCCAGAAUCAAGACCUCAACGACAGGUUUACAAAGCCCCAAGCCCAGCACCCGAAGGAUUUACUCGUACCCUAGGUGAAGAGGACGUUGCAGUUUGUCCUAACUGCGAGUGGGAGCUGGGCACUGGAGAAGGAAAACGGCAAGAGAUCUGGGUUUCGAAACCUUGUGGACAUGUAUAUUGCGGCGAGUGUGCAGAAAACAGGUCCAUGUCAAAGGCAAGGAAGGCCCAAGCCCCUCAAAAAACAAAGCCCUUUGCCAAAUGCCAGGUCGACGGCUGUGGAAAAUCUGUCAGUGCACCUACGGCCAUGGUCCACCUCUACCUAUGA